UACUCUAUGAUCUGGUAAUUUUCUAAUAUAAACCAGAAGCUUUCUACUUAGUUAAAAUCAGGUGACUGUGCUGGCUGAGGGAUAACUGGUUCACUAAAAAAUCAAUUCAUCUGAUGGCUCAUGAUGCUUUAAAGAAAGCAGAGGAUUUAGUUAAUCAGUUGAUUGAGUUUAAAGAAAAUUAUGCAUCAAAUUUUGGUAGCAAAAACAAAAACGAUGACAUUGAAAAAAGACUUAAGGAUGUUUUACUUGAGCUGGAUCAACUACAAUUGAUGAUUGACAACAAAGCAAAGUUCUUUUGUUUGCGUGGCAAAGCAUUAAAUGUGCUUCCCUAUUUUGAUUCGCGAGCAGUAGAGAGUCUGUCUAAAGCCGUAAAACUUGAUCCAACUUUAAUUGAGGCUUGGAAUGAGUUAGGUGAAAGCUAUUGGAAAGAUAAAAAGAUUGAGGAGGCACAAAAUUGUUUUCAAGGUGCUAUCAAUAAGAAAAAAAACAAAGUAUCACUAAGAAAUCUGUCAAUGGUACAGAGACAACUUGGAAAUGAUUUUAGCUCUCGUGUUUCACACGUCAAAGAGAGUGUCAGUACAGCUAAGGAAGCUGUUGCUCUGGAUUUAACAGAUGGAAGAUCAUGGUUUGUUCUUGGAAAUGCGUACCUCAGUUUAUUCUUCUAUGCUGGUCAAUGUCCUAAGGUUUUAAAACAAAGUUUGGCUGCAUAUGCAAAAGCUGAAAGUGAUAUUCGAGAAGUAAAUAAUGCUGAUCUUUAUUAUAACAAAGCAGUGGUUUUGAAAUUUCAAGAACUUUAUGAAGAAGCUCUUAAGUGCUACAAAAAAUCUAGUUUGUUGGCUCCUUCCUGGAACGAUCCUAAAGAGAAUAUAGUUGAUCUGCACAAUAGAUUAAAAACGACUGUUGAAAUGAUUGAAAACAAGGGAUAUCACAAGUCAAAGAAACUAAAUUUGUUUACGAGCCAGCUAAAAGAUUCUGAUUUUGGUAUUUAUUCGAAUUGCUUUUACAAGAAUAGUUCAAACCAAGUAGUGGCUAUCAAAAAGGUUCUAAUUUCAGAUUUAAAUUUGUUUCAAAAUAAUGAUGUUGCAGUGUGUGGAAAAGUAAUUGCAAUAAUUCCGGUCAAAGACGGUGUUCCGUUUUCAUUCAUCAUGAUGGACGCUGCUUUAGCCUGCAUUGCUGUAAGCGUAUUUAAUUUAGCUGUGGAAAAAGGAUUAAUAGUAGGAGAUACUGUAGCCAUUUCUAAUCCCUUUGUUCAAGAUCACAAUGUGACUACAGAAACACAGAUAUUUUCUUACAAAAGUAUCCGUGUGGAAACCCCCCUUGUUAUGAUGAUUAACAAACGAAAGGUUGGACCUGAAAGAUUGGCGUUUAGUGUGCUUACUGUCGCAAAUGAGAGCGAGUAACCUACUGUUUCAAACGUUAAUUUAUCACCAAAAUCAAACUUUCGCAAAAUUUAGGCAGAAAUAAUAAAUCAAAAAUUAAAGAUUUUUAUUUCAACACUGUUAUCCGAUAGCUUCCAUGAUUUUAUUCGAUGACCUAAACAAAUAUUUUGACAGCAAUAUAUGAAGUGGGGUAGAAAGUAUUUUCUUUUCUAAAACAACGUGUACAUAUAACGUUUAUUUAUUUAAAAAAAAACUCUAAGUUUAAA